UGCGGAGAGGAAGUGAGAGUGCGAGGCCUCGUCCGCCAUUGUGGAGAAGAGAGAGCCCGUCCAGAGCGAGAGUCUGAGCCCGGGGGGCGAGGAGCGCCAAAGAGAGGAGGCCGCCGCGGUCCCCACCGCUCCCCCUGUGUCCCCACACACAGACACGGCGCCACAUUAGUGUCCUGUAGGUGUACACACAUAUACGUUACUCUGUAGCUACGCCUGGCAGUUCUAUAGAAUACCCGGCGGCACGAAUGUCUUUCUAGCCGUAUGUAUACGUCUGUGCUGUACCUAGCCCCCGCAGGCCUGUUGUAGACGCACGUCCCGCCUUGUCCCGUCUGCACAGACGCCUAGAGAGCAGCAGCCGGAGAGUCACUUACAGGGAGGGAUCACACGGCGGCUCCCGAUCAUCUCUGGCUCCACAGGAGAAUGUCUGCGACCAGCGUGGAUCAGAGACCUAAAGGACAGGGAAACAAAGUUGCAGUACAGAACGGUUCAAUGCAUCAGAAAGAUGCAGUAAACGAUGAUGACUUUGAGCCAUAUCUAACCAGCCAGACGAAUCAGAGUAAUAGCUAUCCACCAAUGUCAGACCCUUACAUGCCUAGUUAUUAUGCGCCAUCCAUUGGAUUUCCUUACUCCCUUGGUGAGGCAGCAUGGUCAACCGCAGGAGACCCACCAAUGCCGUACUUGUAUGGACAGAUGAGCAAUGGAGAACACCACUACAUACCGGAUGGAGUGUUUAGUCAGCCUGGCGCUUUGGGGAACACUCCUCCUUUCCUAAGCCAGCAUGGGUUUAACUUUUUUCCUGGGAAUGCAGACUUCUCCACAUGGGGGACAAGUGGAUCUCAGGGACAAUCGACUCAAAGUUCUGCAUAUAGCAGCAGCUACGGAUACCCCCCUAGUUCCCUUGGUAGAGCCAUUACUGAUGGCCAAGCUGGUUUUGGCAGUGAUACUUUAAGUAAAGUGCCAGGGAUUAACAGCAUCGAGCAAGGAAUGACAGGACUGAAGAUUGGCGGGGACAUGACUGCUGCUGUAACAAAAACUGUUGGCUCAGCCUUGACUAGUGCAGGAAUGACUAGUAUAGCCGCAAAUAGCGUGCCUCCAGUUAGCAGUUCUGCACCCAAACCAACCUCUUGGGCUGCCAUUGCUCGAAAGCCAGCAAAACCUCAGCCUAAACUUAAACCUAAGGGCAAUAUGGGUAUUGGUAGCACUGCAGUUCCUCCACCGCCUAUAAAACACAACAUCAAUAUUGGAACUUGGGAUGAUAAGGGGGCUGUGGUAAAGACCCCUCUUGCUCAGCCAGUUAUGCCUCCUCAGCCUGUAAUUCAGCAGCCUCAGCCAUUAACGCAACCUCUACCCAUGGUGCAAAACCAACUGCCUCAACAGCAGCUUCAGCAGCAACAAGGACCUCAGCAGCCGCCCCCGACACACCAGGUGCAGCAGCAGCUUCAGAACCGCUGGGUGGCACCUAGGAACCGGGGCGUAGGCUUCAAUCAGAACAAUUUAUCUGGAAAUGAGAACUUUAGCCUAGGUGUUGUGCCUGUCAGCUCCUCACCAGGUGUUGAGGUUCACCCUGUACUGGAGAAAUUGAAGGCCAUAAACAACUAUAAUCCCAAAGACUUUGACUGGAGUCUGAAAAAUGGGCGCGUGUUUAUAAUCAAAAGCUACUCCGAGGACGAUAUUCACCGCUCUAUCAAGUACUCAAUCUGGUGCAGUACUGAGCAUGGCAAUAAGCGUUUGGAUGCUGCUUACCGAUCCUUGAAUGGUAAAGGGCCACUUUAUUUACUCUUCAGCGUAAAUGGGAGUGGACAUUUUUGUGGAGUCGCAGAGAUGAAGUCUAUUGUAGACUAUAAUGCGUAUGCUGGAGUCUGGUCACAAGACAAGUGGAAGGGAAAGUUUGAAGUCAAAUGGGUCUUUGUCAAAGACGUUCCCAACAACCAACUGCGACACAUUCGUUUGGAAAACAACGACAAUAAGCCUGUUACCAACUCAAGGGACACUCAAGAGGUACCCCUAGAAAAAGCCAAGCAAGUCCUUAAAAUAAUUGCGACUUUCAAGCAUACAACCUCUAUCUUUGAUGACUUUGCACAUUACGAGAAGCGUCAAGAAGAGGAGGAAGCCAUGCGUAGGGAGAGAAAUCGAAACAAACAAUAAUUAGAUGGAGUUAAUCUUUCUGUAAAACACUAAUGAUGCAGACUCUGGAAAUCGCCUACUUUGUGGAAGAAAACCUAAUUAAUGCAUUUUAUUUCUGCUUCUGGCAACGUCCUUGAACACUGUAACAUAAAAUUGACUUUUUUUUCUUUCUUCCCCUUCCUCUUUUUACAUUUUUUUUUUUUCCCCCAUCAGUGCAUUGCCCUUGUACUCAUCACCAAACACUUGAGAACUUGUCAAGCACUUUCUGUCCUGAAGCUUUUAACCAAUAUCUGCUGUCGUUUUUGUAAUCAAGCUGCGGCGCGGGAGUCCCAUUGAACGCAAGGAUUCCUUUGUCCUUUUUUUUUUUUUUUUUUUUUUGUGUGUGUUCAUUACUAACUCUUAGGAAAGUGGUUAGUUAAUGAGAUUGAGAAUUAUCGCUUCAUUUAUUUUAUUUUAAAUUUCUUUUUUUAAAUUGUGUUUAUUUUUUAUUUUUUUGUUAGCUGCUGGUAAAAUGAAAAAGAAAUCAUGCCGUCUUUAAAUCAGGAGUUCAAAGAAUAGUCGUCUCGAGAAUUUUUGUAGUGAAAUCCCUAUGGUAAAUGAAGUCUUAUACUGUGUUGCCAUAGGUGCCCUUUGUUUUAGUGUUAGGAAUCAAUGCAGCUUUGUGGCAACCUCCUGUUUAAUGCACAUCUAUACUUCUGUAAGACUGAGCGGGCACUUCUCUGGGUUCACACACCAUUUUUAAUGCAUGCCUCCCAUUUCAGCCGCUAAAAUCAGAACAUGUAUCCUUAGGAUAGGUCAUCAAUAACAGAUUGGAGGGGGUCCGACACCUGGUACCCACUCAUCAGCUGUCCAGAAUUAACACAGACAAUGGAACAGGAAGCAGGCAGCGCCGUACAUUAUGUAUUGGCCGUGAAUGGGAGCUGAGCUGCCGAACCCAGCAUGGUGGCUACACAAUGGUCGGAGCUGCGCUUCUGGGUUCGUUCUCUGUUUUGGUUCUGACAGUUGCUAUGAACAGCUGAUUGGUGGAGAUGCCGAAUAUCGGAUCCCCACCCAUCUGUUAUUGGUGACCUAUCCUUGGGAUAGGUCAUCAGCAUCUAUAACCCAGAAACUCCCCCAUCCUUUAAGCUUUCGUAUUCAGUACUUUAAUCCUGAUCACAUCCAACCCGAUUCAGUCGUUGACCUAAAGCAAUAGUGUGCUGAAGAUUUCAUAACAGGGGGACAAUUAUCCUGAGAGAAUUAAAGGGAUUAUCCCAUCUUGCCGUUUCCACAGAGCGUUGGGACUAAGCGUUGACCCUAGGUGGUCGGGCUUACGGACACAGACGAGCGGAACAGUGCGCCGCUGUUUGUGUUUUUUCCAUUGUAUUAAAUGGCAACUACACAAGCAACAUAGUAGAACAAGCUACACUGCUCCCAUAACUUCAUGAGUUACAGAAGCAGCGGACUCUGUCCCAAUCACUAAAAUGGGAGUUGUGCCAUCCCGCUCGGCAGUUUCCAUAAUCCCUCCACCCAGGGCCACCACUUAGUCCCAUCUCUCUGGAAGUGGCAAGAUGGGACAAUCCCUUUUUAAGAAUUUUUCUUGCUUAAAGCCUUGACAGACUUUCGCUAGGUUAUAUAUAGUAAGGUGUUAAGAGGGAUCAGCUCACCUGUGCCUCAGAAUAUUCAAGCGCGGUGCACGGACGUCAGGGGUGGGUCCCAGAUCUCCUAUACUGUAUAUUCAGGAGUUUGUUAGUGUGCAUCAGUGUCCAAUUGGUAUUGUGUCUAACUGUUCUAGUAAUUGUUAGGGCUCUUAACAAAGAAAGGACAGUGGCACGCUCAACUUUAUUAUUUUAUUUUUUAUUUAAUCCUGAAAUCAGAGGCUGACUUUAUAGCCAUCUGUGUGGCCAUAAAAAAAUAAAAUCUUUGGCCCACAGUAUUGCAACCUAAUUUUAGUCAUACAUGAUCAAUAUCAAGGGGGCAAACUAUGUAAAAACAAAUGUAACCCUUAAGAGAAUAUACAUGGGAACCAGUGUCCCCUAAAUGGAGUAGGUAUUACUCACUGUGCUGUCCUGCAGCUCCAUCCGCAGAAGAGGAAGGGUAGCGGGAUAUAAAGCGCCAGCCAGAGCUGAAAUCUCUCCCCACACACGUUAUAGAGAAGGGAAGCUGCACUUUGAUUUAGGGACUGUCAGGCUCCAGGUACUUGCUGAACACUACUAUUGUGAUUUAUGGCCCUACAAUAUGUUUGGUGUUUACACUUUAAAUAGGGUACGAGUUAGGCUAGGGCUACCUGCACGGCAAAAGAUUUCAGCGGAUGAUGGUGAAUGUGGUUCUGCCGCUACCUGCAAGCUGCUGAAACGGUGACGGUCACAGAAAUCCAAACCAGCCGUAUUUCCGCACGACUGCAUUCACUAUCGUUCGCGAUCAUAAUGUCCCAUGGUGCCCUAGCCUAAAACUUCCCUAAGAGUGGUGCAGACAUGUUUGUACGUUUAAAAUGUUGUGUGUGAACGGAGCCUCAUUGCUAGCAAACGAGUGUCACCAUGUCAGUCAGUCCACGCGAGGCUUUUUAUAAUCUGAUUCUCUUUAACUUUGCAGACCUGACCAAGCGCCCUCAUGAAAUGGAAACCCACUCGUUAACUAGCUAAUAAAGAGUGAGAAUGCAUGUGGCGUUCGGCACUGUUCAUCACUUGGAAUAACUUUAUGGGCGCAGUUUGUUUCGUUUCCACUCAUAGAUCCCUCCACCCAUAUUGUGAUUAAUUUUUUGUAAUUUUUUUUUAAGUGCCUCCUUUUUAUUUUAUUUUUUUCAUUUUGUCCUAGUAUAGAGAAAUAAUCUGAUCAUGUAUUACAGGCAAACGUAUUAAUGUAAAGUCUAUGAGCCUGAGAAUAUGACCGUAGUCGUGCAUUCUUUCCAAAGCUGCUUUCUAGCUUCAACUAAUGUAACCUUGGGGUCAUUUUCCUAGUAGAAAUGUAUUUCUAUGCUAAUCCUGUUUGUCCAUGAGGAUUGUGUUACUUGCCGUUAUUUUCUAUCUUUUUUUUUGCUUUCAUAGUAAAGAAUGGUUGACAUAUCUACACUUCUGAAAGAAAUUCUAACCACCUAAUAUAUUUAAUUUCAUUUACUUGUAGUCUAUGCUUCUAUAUUGAAUUGAGAGAGUCUAUGUAUUUCCAUACUGAAAUAAAUCUAAGAUGACAUACAGUACACUAA